AUGUCUUCCCAAAAGACUUUGGCGCAUAAACACUCACAUAAACCUGCUAUUUAUCCUGCAAUUUUGUCAAGAGUUGCAAAGGCGUUCAAGGAGUCGUUAGUCUUGGGUAUCAAUAUGAAAGAUGGAUUGGAAUACCAUGACUCUUUCACAGGAAAAGAAGCUGUUGAUGCCAUUUGUCACAUCAUUAGGACGAAUGAUAGAAAUUUAGCUUUGUUAUUGGGUAGAUCAUUGGACGCCCAAAAGUUCUACCAUGAUGUUACCUACAACCAUCGUUUGCGUGAUUCACCAAACGAAGUGUACACAUUUAGUAGAAUAUUCAGUGAAAUGGAGUUCUUUCCUGAUGAUUCGAAUAAUCUUGGUACAGGUAACAAUUCACUGCGUGGAUCUUUUGUUGGAAAUCCAUCGAAUACUACAAACGCUCCAUAUCCAGUUUCGCAACUUCCAGGUGUUCCAGGUAGUCCAGCGGAGGGUUCGACUGGUAGCUUCACCAACUUGAACCGGUUAAACGAAAAGGAUUCGCAAGAGCUGACAGGUGUCAAUGGUGUGUUUACAAUUUUGACUGACUGCUACUCACCAACUUGUAACCGGAAUAGACUAUGCUACUCGAUUGCUUGUCCUCGCAGAUUAGAACAACAAGCUAGACUCAACAUGAAACCCAGAGGCGGCUUGAAAAGGGCCGUUUCGAGAUUAUCCUUACAUGAUACAGAAAAAGUCAAAACUUUGUGGCAUGAAACAGUGGACAAGUCUGUUUUAGAUAAACUUGAGAAGCACGAAAAGAUGAGGCAGGAAUUAAUCUACGAACUCAUUUACACAGAAAGGGAUUACGUCAAGGAUUUGGAGUUUAUGACCGAUUUCUACAUCAUGCCUUUGAGAAAUCCAGCCAAUAACAUCAUACCUGAGCGGGAAAGAGAAGCUUUCAUCAGAACUGUUUUUGGAGGUGUGAGUGAUCUUUUGCGCUUAGCUAGGAAUUUGAGCGAGGCUCUAACUGCUCGUCAACAGCAGCAGAAACCUGUCGUUGAAUGCAUUGGAGAUGUUAUUUUACAAUACAUUGGUGGAUUUGAGCCAUUCAUCAAAUAUUCUGGAAACAAAGUUUUUGCUAGUUUUGAGCAUGAAAGACAGCAACAGGUCAAUAUGAAAUAUGCCAGGUUCCUAGAGGCCAUCGAAAAGAAGCCCGAGUCUAGAAAGCAAGAUUUGUCAUCAUUUUUGAUCAAGGGGGUGCAACGGCCAGCCAGGUACCAAUUGCUUAUUGCAGGAAUCUUGAAGAAUACAAAGGAAACAUCGCCUGACUAUAAGAACCUCCUCAAAGCGAAGGAAGAAAUCGAAAAGGUCUUAGUUGAAAUCAAUGUUCAAACCGGUGAAAGUACAGACAGACAUAAAAUUAUGGUUUUGCACAGGCUCUUGGGGAAGCAGACGUUGGAGGAAAGAUACAACUUCAAGUUAAACUACAACAAUCGCAUCAUUUACCAGGUGACUCUAAACAGGAAGAGAGACAAUGAAAAGAUUGACGUCUAUCUUUUUGAACAUGCGUUGUUGAUGGUGAAGCACAAAGUUCAGAACAAGAGAGAAGUGCAUAAAGUUUUUGAGAAACCCAUGUACUUGCCAUUGCUUUUUAUCAAUAGCGGUUAUGAGUCACCUACUUUCAAGACCAUUCUUCAGUACCGCCAUGACUGCUCAAUUGUCUCCGACACCGGGUCGAAAAGGAGAUUGGAGACUUCACCAUACAAUCCUGUCUCCUCUUCUCAGCAGAAAUUACAAGUCAAUUUUCUUGGCUUGGGUAACAACCCGGUCCAUGUCUCCUUGUUUGCAGAUGAUGUUACGAACCAAAACCAACUUUUACUGCAAGUUCAACAACAACAACUAAAGUUAAUCUCAAAGCAUGACAUUUUCUCGCUUUGCAAGUAUGAAACAAGAAGGUUUACGGGAAAUAACCGGAUAAAUUGUGGAGUGCCUUGCUAUGGUGGAAAAAAGUUACUAUAUGGUACUGAUGGUGGCGUGUGGGUGUCAACGGUCAGAUCCAUUAGUGCCACUUCCAACGAGAGAAUCUGCUCGGAUCCAACUAUGGUUAUAAGUAAACCAUAUGUGACGCAAAUGGAAGUAUUAGUGGAGUACUCGAAAAUUUUGGUCUUAUCGGACAAAACUUUAUAUGAGUUUGAUCUUUCGUGUACCGAUUCGCUUGAUCACGCCAAAAACACUAGAAGUGGUAAAGUUAUUUUGAGCCAUGUCUCCUCUUUCAAAACGGGUGUGUGUGAGGGCAGAUUGCUUGUUUGCGCUGUAAAGAGCGGAAAUACUAGGGCCAUCAGUAUUGUGGAGCCAGCUAAUCCGUUCGAUAAGAACAAGAACAAAUACAAAAGAAUGGAUGUUCGUGAAGUUAGCUUUAGUUCAGAGCCAGUGUCCAUCUCAUUUUUGAAGACAAAGUUGUGUAUUGGUUGCACCAAGGGAUUUGAGAUUCUUUCUCUUGAAGGAGGCGAAAAAGAGCCGAUUUUAGACGAAGCGGACCCUUCAUUGGAUUUUGCUACGCAGAGGGAAAGUGUAACACCUCUUGCAAUCCACCGUCUUGACAAGAACUUUUUGUUGAGUUACAGUGAGUUUUCAUUUUUAAUCAAUAAAAACGGUUGGCGAACCAAGCAUGACUGGGGUAUAUUUUGGGAAGGAUCACCACAGAAUAUUGCAUUGUUCUAUCCAUACCUUUUGGCUUUUGAUCCCGGUUUCAUUGAAAUCAGAGACCUUGAAAGUUGUUCAUUGAUCCGCGCUUUGGUCGGAGAAAACAUUCGUUUUUUGCAUUCUAAUGAUCACGAUGUAUUAUAUGCUUGC